CCGGAAUGUAUAUAUCAACCUCAUGUUCCACCGUUUCCAUAUCGUAGAACAACUUCUUACCAAGGUAUCACCGUUCGGCCCCUCGACUAACCACACCGGAAACCCUCGACGAUGGAAGCAAUCGGCGCCGGAGCAAACGUCAUCGCGGUGGUGAACCUCGCGGCAAAAGUCCUCGCGGCAGUCUACAGCUACGGCGAGAGCGUCAAGGAUGCGCCCAAGGUGAUCGGGCUACUGCUGCAAGAGCUCUCGGCUAUCAACCGAACACUCGGCGGCCUGCAAUGCCUUGUGGCACGCCUCGAGGGCGAUCGUAGGGCGCAGCAGCAGGGCCAGCCACUCAUGAUGUCGCAGCUCGGAUCGCAGGGCACUAGCGACACGCUGGAGGAGUGUCGGACUACCCUCGGCACGAUGCUGGCUCGCCUCGAGGACGAUCGUGGCGACAAGAUCAGCAUGAAGCUUGGCAGACGGCUGCGGUGGCCGCUGCGGGAGAAGGAGGUCAUGGUGUAUAUCUCGCAGCUGGAGAGAUACAAAUCGACUUUCACCAUGGCUCUGUCUUCGGAUUCUGCGAUGAUGAUUGCGGAGGUCAAGGAUGUUCUCGCCGAGAUACGCACCGAGAAGCGGAAAUUUGACGACGUAGAUGCGGCACGUAUGCAAGAGUCGAAAUCUCAGAAACUCGUGGGCUGGCUCAAACCGCUCGAGUACAACGUCAAACACGAAAUCUCCAGCCGCCAGCGCCAGAAAGAUACCGGCACAUGGUUGUUCGACGACAGACUUUACCGCCAGUGGGAAGAGGCCGACGAAGAUGGGUCCCAGCUGUGGCUUCAUGGCAUACCCGGGAGCGGGAAGACUAUACUUGCAUCCAAUGUGAUAGAUCGGCUCCAGACAACCCUGCCGGAGGAUCACGGUUUCGCAUACUGUUACUGCGACUUCAGAAACAGCGCGGCCUCGAACCAGGUCAACAUCGUCCGGACACUUGCAGCCCAGCUACUCAGCGGAUGGAACCAUGCGUCGACCGAAAGGUUCGAAGACCUGUUCGUCAGGAUGUCGAAGGGACAGACACCGCCCUCGACAGUUGAUCAGCUUCAAGACCUUGUAUUCAGAGCGGCAAAGUUACGCAAAAAGAAUACCAUCGUAAUCGACGCCUUGGAUGAGUGCAAUGACCGCGAGGAUCUGCUGUCGUUCAUCGCGGCACUGCGAGACGAAAGGAUCAACGUGCUGGUGAUCAGCAGGUACGAGCAGGAUAUUUUGGACUACCUCGAAGAUUUCCCCGCCAUAGAUCUGAAGAGGGAGGUCUUCAAUCUGACCAUCGACAUGCGGAAACACGUCGAGGAGGAGUUCCAGAAUAAGAAGCGGUGGGGACGUGUUCGGAAGGAUAUGCAAGCAGAAAUCAGCGCAUCUCUGCUGGAGGGGUCCGAAAACAACAUGUUCCGGUGGUUGCAGUGUCAGCUUGAUCUUCUCUGCAAGAUCAAAACCAACAAGGGAAUCCGGGAAGCGCUAUCGCGCCUCCCACAAGGUUUAUUCGAGACGUACGACCGUAUUCUCGAAAAUAUCGAUCCGAACUGCGAGGAGCUUGCGCAAAAGGCCAUUCUGUGGAUUGCCGCUUCGGCCCGACCGAUGCAAUUGGAUGAACUCGUGGAGGCUAUCGCGGUCAAUGAAGGCGAGCCUACUCUCGACUUGGAUUCUACCGUGAAUGAUGGUCGCGACCUCCUCGGCAUCUGUGGCAGCUUGUUCGAAUGCGACAGAUUCAAAAGUACUAGUAUUGUCAGCCUCUCUCACUAUUCUGUCAAGGAGUAUUUAGCAUCCGAAUAUCUAAAGAACAAUGAGCGUCUCAACCGAUACGCCGUAUCCUUUCCCGAAGCCUAUAUUAAGUUGGCAGCAUACAGCUUGUCGUAUCUCCUGCUGGACGAUUUCUCCGAGGGACCAACCACCGAAUGGGAAGACAUCGAUGAAGUGAUGCAGGAGCACAAACUUUACCAGUACUGCAUCUUCAACUGGUCCAAACACGCUCAGCAAGUUCCGGAAAACGACGAAAUCUUCAAGCUUUUGGAGACCUUUUUCUUCCACGAACCAAAGAAGUUUGCCUGGUUCGAGCAGGUUCGGCAUCUCACGAAAUCGUAUUUCAGGGGUUGGGCGUCCCCGGAACAUGUUUUCAAGAACGUAGGCCAUCCCGACGACGCCGGGCCGCUAUUCUACGUUGCCGACGAAAACAUCCCUUGGGUCGCUGAACGCCUGCUGAAAGACCACCCCGAGUUCCUAGAGGAAGAAGUUGGCACACAAGGCACUCCACUGCUGAUCGCGACGCUGGCACACAACACGGAUGUGGUACGGCUCCUGCUGGGGUUCGGAGCAGAUAUGCACAAAGGAAGCCAACGUUAUCACGAGCGAGGGCUGCGUCCUCUGUGGGCAGCAGCGAAACGCGACUACAUCGAGAUUUUCGACAUGAUGAUCGCCGCCGGCGGCAACAAGGACAUCCGCUCUUUCACGAACGAGCACAUGAUCCACAUCGCGGCGUUCGAGGAAGCAAAGUCGGUCCUUGCACGACUCAUCCAACUCGGAGUCGACGUGGACACCCAAUCGGCAGACGGCUCCACGGCUCUUCACUGCGCUGUCCGAGCGGCCUCCCUACCUGUCGUGCAGAUGCUCGUCGAAGCCGGCGCCGAUGUCAAGGCCCGCACAAGAGUGGGACAGAUGACUCCGAUGCACAUCGCGUUCGUGCUGCACAACGCCGGUAUUGCAGAAUACCUACUCUCGCAGCUAGCUACAGACGACAUUGAGAUCCUAUCCGACAUCCAGCCCGCCGAUCUGCAAUGGGCCGCGCAUCUCCCGUGGUACCGGGAGAUCGCUCCAGUCCUGGGCCGUACGGAGGCGCAGCCGACAGUAGUAUCGCUCACGCCAAACGACUGCUUGUAUAUCAUGUCUAUCUUGACGCAGUUCCUGCCGUUGCCAGAGGAGGUGAUCCUCGGAAUCAUGGAUCACGCAGAGGUAUGGACGCACAAAUCAGGCCGUCGACACGAGGUGAUCUGUUUCGAGGCGGAAACGGAGCAGAAGGAGUCGCACAUCUCCCUCCCCGUCGAUGCGUGCGGGAAAGGGUUGAAAAAGGUGGUCUUCCGCACCAGAUCUCAUGACCAAGGCUGGAGCAGCGACCAGAAGUGGCAGGGAUCCUACAGCCGUUCCUUCUCGUGGUUCGAAGCUCGGAUCGCAACGCCCACAGCGGGCGGCGAAGAGCUCCACAAUGUCCACGCCAGCUGGGAAGCGAGACACCACACCAUCGUGUGGGAUGUGCGAGAUGGGAUUCCGGGCAACAAGGAGUGGCUGGAGCUUGUGAGGCCCGGCGAUGUCGUGCAGGUGUUCCCGAUGGCGCAGUAUUCCGGGUGGCAGAAUCACGUGGAGCAUGUGGAGAUGGAUGUUUACUGUGCUGUCUGA